AUGGCGGGAAGCACAAAGAAGACAUCCGACUCUGUCGUUUUUGGCAUUGGGAACAAAACCUCUUGGAUGAAAAAAUAUCCUUCAACAAACACAUUUAGAACACUCUUGAAAAAGAAUUAUGAUUCGUAUUGGGAAGCCAACCAGGAGGGGAAGGAAGGAAUCAUUCAAGGCAUUUUGGAUCGAUUUCUGCCAGAUGCUUUCUUUAGACUUGUGGAUGGGGAAUUAUCCCCUCUGGACAAGAAGCUGGCCAAAAAUGAGGUGAAGAUGUCAAUGGCAUAUAUGAGAAGCAAGCUCAAAGAGAAGAAACGCAAAAUGAGGAACAAAGAACAAGAGCAAGUCGAAGGUACUCCUUGCGCCGACGAUCUUGUUUUCCACCAGGGCGUGAUCGUGGGCAGCAGGAACUACGCUACACUGAAGUUCGAAGAAAUGCUUUUGCUGCACCUUGCAAGGCUUCGAAACACGGAAGGGAAAAUCUGCUUGAAAAAAGGAGGUGCGAGAAGCAUAGCUCGUCGAAUCCUCCAGCAACAGAAAGAAGAGAACCCAGGCCAAAAAUAUUUCAAAUACGUUGCCGGAACCAACAAGUACUUCAAAUACAGUGAGGAACAGGCAUUUGUCAGAGCGGUGACAUUAGUUGAAACUGUCCAACAAACCCACAACCGCAAAAUAGUGCCGCUUGAGAAAAGGUGUCUAGAUCAUGGCAUCGAUCUAAGCGAAGAGAAGGAGCAAGAUGCAGAUACUACUGCAGAUACUACACUGUUGGAAGCUGGCAAUGACUCAUCACUUCAACGAGGCCAUCGCAAGAAUCGAGCUCUUCAUGGAACGAAACGAAAUUACGCAGAAGUCAAUGUAGACAAUGCAAAUGAGACGGAUGGCUCGAAGCAUCCAUUUCGAAGACAAGCUCGUGAAGAUAACAAGGAGAACGAAGAUCGCAAAUCAAAUGCGACGAUUGCCAACAACGAUGGCGGCGAUGACAAUGAUGAUGAUGAUGAUUCAGUUCGAAUCGUAGAAAAUCCAAACAGCGUGUCGCCACCAGUGCCAACAGAAAAGAAGGCUGGUAAUGUUGCCCGCCACCCGGACAUUUCCACCUCCACCAAGAAGUCCCGUCUCGAAAUCAGUGUUGUGAACAAUGAAGACUGUCCACCCAAUCACAUGAUACAAGACCCUUCUGUAGCAAAGAACAAGUCCCCAGUCGACCAGGAUCAAGUCGAGUCCACCAAUGCUGCAACUGACAGCCCAAUCAAACAAGAAGAAGAACAAAAGGGCCAUCAAUCCGACCCAGUUCUGUUGCCCACUCGAUCUGAUGGUACCAACCAAACAGAAGAAAAUCACCAGUCGAAACCUGAAUUCAAAGAACUUCAAGACGAAAAUGCCGAACUCAAAGACGAAAAUGCCGAACUCAAAAGGCGAUUGGCGAUCCUUCAAAAUCAAAAGGACGCCCAAAGUAUUGAAAUCGAAGACCUGCAGAGCGAAGUCAACGUGUUACGACGGGAGAAAGCAAAGGAGAAGCUUGCUCACAAAAAGAAAGUGGAAGAAGUGGAUGCAUUGGAGCAGCAUUGCGAGGAAAUGGAAGAAGAACUCAACCAGAUGAGAAUGAAUACAGCUCAUGCACAAGGCUUUUCUGAGUGCUUUGAUGAAGAGAAUUGA